CCUAGUCUGGAGGUGGUUGACAAUCAAAACUUCGUGGUGAAGGGACUGGAUGCGAUUAAAAAAAUUCAAGGAAACUCACAGAUAAUCACAGAUGAAGAAAAAGAAGUGUCAGCAACAGCCAGGACACAAAUUGCUCAAGCAACUGAUGGCGAAGCUACAUUCGCAACUCGCAAGUGCAAAGGUGGAAAGGUCAGCACGCGCUACUUGGAUCAGUUGGGUGAAUUUUGCACGGAUAUCAUCGGUGAUCUCACAGUGCAAGGACUGAAAAGAUCUCCUAGAGGAAUUCAAAAGUUGGAAAAAAUCAAAACUAUAAAAGGACGUCUAGUGGUGAAGGACAACACCGCUGUAAAAGACUUAUCUUUCUUGUCAAGCCUACAAGAAAUCAGCAAUCCUGCAACUGGAAAACCCAGCCUAGAAGUAGUGAACAACCUCAGAUUUGUUCUGAGAGGACUGAAAGGAAUUAGAAAAAUUCAUGGCAACGUUUAUGUUAAGACCGAGGAGAAAUCAGACGUCCCAUCGGAUGUGAAGCAACACAUAACUAGCAUAACUGAUGGCAAAGCGACAUUCCUCGUUAAAGAAAAACCCACGACCCCGACCAAGAAAGAAACCACGGCCACGAAAAGGAAAACAAUCACCACCACGAAAAAAACAACGAAAGCAACAAAAACUGAACCUCGAAAAACUGUGCGAACAACGUCUCGAAAAACUGCUAAAACGAAACCAACCACGAGAAAACACAAGGAAUAUCCUACAACAUCCAAAAAAUCUCGAGGCCAUCUC